AUGGCUACACAGGGAUCCGUACGCAAGAAGGUCCCGUCCAUCAUUCAAAGCAUCCUUAAAAAAAACCUUCAAUACUUCAUUUUUUUUAAUCCUGUCCAUCACAAUAAGAAGGAUGGUAUCCCUCCAGCAAAAAUUGAAGAAAAUAUGAGCAAGAUCAACACAACCAAAUUAAUCACAACAACAAAAUUAGCCACAAGCUUUCAUACAGUAAUAUUAACAUCCAGUAAAAGAGCUCACAGCGGGUGGGUGCCUCAAUCUCAUCCACAAACAUGCGAUAGAAGGAACCCCUCCGGAUUCCUUAGGGUACACCAGCCCUCUGUUUCUGGUCCCCAAAUUCAAGGAAGGGUACUGGACGGUGUUCAAUCUAAAGAAGCUGAACAGAUAUAUGUCUGCGCCUCACUUGAAGAUGGAGACUAUACAAGAGGUUUGUCGUCUGAUCCGCCCAUAUGCCUUUUUGACAUCCCUCAACCUGUUGGGUGGUUUGCUACAUACAUUCGUCCACAAAGCGCCCCGAAAAUACCUCAAUUGCAAAUUAGAUGGCACCACUUAGUAGUUAUGAACGGCUUCUUUCGGCCUGUUGGUAAUGCCAUGGUAUUUCACCAAGACGACAAGAAAUUUGAGUCAGCGCCUAUUUGGGCGAUUGGAAUAUCAUGGGACUCGACCAAAGAAUUGCAAACACACAUCAAUAUUCUCUACGAGAAACUCGAGCCCCAUAGUUGUAUCGUCAACCAAAGAAAGUUAUCCUUUAUACCUUCCCAAGGGUUGAAACACUUAGGAUAUGCCCUGGAUACCAAGACCAUAAUAAUUAAGAUCCUGGGUGCCGAACUGAUAAAUUUGCGUCGUUCCAUCCGUCCAUUGAUUAGUAGCUUGUCACAUACACUAAGAUUGAUCCACAACCUAACAAUGUACAUAAAAGCAGCUACAAUUGCACUCUUCCCAGCAUACUUAAACACUCAGUAUCGUGCAUCUGCUACACGAAAACGUCUAAUGGCUCUCAGAUCCUUGUGA